GGGCGGGCACAGCAGCACUCGUCGAUGGGUGGAGCUUUAUUUUCCUAUCGACAGUCCAAUGAGUACGACACUACAAUCAGUCUUUGGACCAGCACUGCAUGGUCAGGUGAAGCGGUAGUCAUUUUAGACAAGUGCCACAUUUUGCUACGUGAUUGAUCUAUACAAUGAGUGCUUGCUGCCAUGGUCCUGGUUACAAGAGUCCACAAGAUGCCGUGAAGAAUGGACCAAGGGAGAGCCUUCUCUACACUACCUGUGUCAGUACAGCCGACAGUGAGGGCAAACCCGACUACCUCGCUACUGUCGAUGUAGACCCAAAAUCCCCAACCUAUUGCCAGGUUAUCCAUCGGCUCGAGAUGCCACACUCUGGUGACGAGAUGCAUCACUCGGGUUGGGAUGCUUGCAGCAGUUGCUAUGACGAUCCGAAAGUGACAAGAAGCAAAUUGAUAUUGCCGUGUCUUGGAAGCAGCAGAAUUUACGUCGUCGAUGUCGGCGAAAAUGAACGAGCGCCGAAAUUGCACAAGGUUGUUGAAGCAGAAGACUAUGAAUCGCUAGACAUGACUGUCCCUCACACCUCACACUGCCUCGCUAAUGGAGAGGUCAUGAUCAGCACGCUGGGCGAUAGCAAAGAAAAUGGCAAAGGUGGUUUCGUUCUUCUCGAUGGAAAGACAUUCACCGUAAAGGGCAAGUGGCAAAAAGAUGACGUUCCGUUCGGCUACGACUUCUGGUAUCAGCCGCGUCAUAACAUCAUGGUAUCGUCAGAGUGGGGUUCCCCGCGCGCCUUCAAAAGCGGGUUCAACCCCGAACACCUCAAGAAUGGCCUUUACGGAACGCAUCUGAACUUCUGGAAUUGGAACGAGAAGACACUGAUAAAGCGGAUCGACAUGGGUAGUGAUGGUAUCAUGCCGUUAGAAGUGCGAUUCCUUCACGAUCCUGACGUACCUAUCGGUUACGUGGGCUGUGCCUAUAGCUCCACGGUCAUACGGUUCUACAAAACGAACGAAGGAGAAUGGGCAACGGAGAAGGUUAUCGCUAUUCCACCGAAGAAGGUAGACGGAUGGUUGUUUCCUGAGAUGCCAGGCAUUGUUACGGAUAUUUUGAUCUCGAUGGAUGACAAAUAUCUGUACCUGAGUAACUGGGUGCAUGGUGACAUACGCCAGUACGACAUCACGGAUAGAGCGCGACCCAAACUAACAGGACAA